AUGGUAAAGGGCAUUCUUGGAAUGACAGGAUUGUGCCCGACAGAACCAGACAUGCUUAACAGUAAUCGGCAAACCCAUCAUUGCCCUCUGCUGUCCUCCACGUUUAACAGCUUAAGGCCACAUGCAAGUGUAUGGACUAAUAGAGCUGUUUUUUCUUGGGGAAAAAAAGAAAGGCUUCUUGAAGAGGAUUCCUUUGAGUUAGAAUUGAACUCAACUCUAGUGUUGGCGGCAGAAAGGACCUAUAGAAAAGACCCUCUUAAUGAUUUCAAGAAAUACACAGGAGGCUGGAACCUCGCUGACCACCAUUACUGGGCUUCUGUGGGUUUUACUGCUGUCCCAUUGUUUGGUUUUGCGGCUGCCUGGUUUGUAGUAUUUGGGCUCUGCUUAUUUCUGAUCUCUCUCUGCCACUGUUGCUGUCGAAGGGAGCCAUAUGGCUAUUCUCGAACUGCUUAUACACUCUCUCUCAUUUUCCUAUUACUCUUUACUGUUAUCACUAUCAUUGGGUGCUUGGUUUUGUAUACUGGUCAGGGAAAGUUCCAUAGCAGUAUCGUAAAUACUUUGGGAUAUGUUGUGGACCAAGCAGAUACAACAGCUGAGAAUCUUCAAAAUGUUUCAGAUUAUCUUUCUGCUGCCAAGCAGAUUGCGGUGGAUCAAGUUCUUCUGCCAUCUAAUGUGCAAUCCGAUAUUGAUCAGAUUCAAACCAAGAUCAACUCUUCUGCCAGUACACUUGCUAAUAAAACACAAGACAACUCAGAGGAUGUCAAGAAUGUAAUUGAAUCUGUGAGAGUGGCUCUUAUCGUGGUCUCUGCUGUUAUGCUUCUCUUGACAGUUCUUGGAUUUGUGUUUUCAAUUUUCGGCUUGCAGUUUCUUGUGUACAUCUUGGUGAUUGUUGGAUGGAUUCUUGUGACAGGAACUUUUAUAUUAUGUGGCAUUUUCCUUCUUCUCCACAAUGUGACAGCAGAUACUUGUGUAGCAAUGGAGCAGUGGGUACAAAAUCCAACUGCUCAAACAGCUUUAGAUGAUAUAUUACCUUGUGUGGACAAUGCCACUGCACAAGAAACCUUAGUAAAGAGCAAGGAAGUUACAUCUCAACUAGUUGAAGUAAUUAACCAGGUCAUCACCAAUGUCUCGAACAUCAAUUUCUCCCCCAACUUCAAGCCUGUGUAUUACAACCAAUCCGGUCCGCUCCUGCCUACCCUUUGCAGUCCAUUUAAUUUUGACACAACAGAUAGAGUGUGUUCACCAGGGCAAGUGGAUUUGAAUAAUGCAACACAGGUAUGGAGUAACUAUGUUUGUCAAGUUUCACCAGAUGGGAUCUGUAUCACUACCGGCCGUCUGACUCCGGCACUUUACAGUCAGAUGACUGCCACAGUAAAUGUGAGCUAUGGCUUGUCUCAUUUCGGUCCAUUCCUGGUCGAUCUACAAGAUUGUACUUUUGUCCGACAAACAUUCACUGAAAUAAACGGAAUGCACUGUCCUGGCUUGCAACGGUACAGCAAAUGGAUUUAUGUGGGGCUGGUUAUGGUUGCUAUUGCAUCCAUGCUUUCUCUGCUAUUCUUCCUAAUAUAUGGUAGGGAGAGACAGCACCGCAUUUACACGAAAGAGCAUAUGCCGACAGCAGCGGAAGGAAUUGAAGGUAAUAAGCAUAUGCCAAAAGUAGACGAAGGACUUGAAGGUGAUAAGCAUACUUGA